UGUUAGGGCUCGAUUUCGACACUGAUCGAGUAUUGGCUUCCAAUGGACGACAUGGCAGCCUACUACCCUCCUCCGGCGGGCCUCCACUACCCGUACUACCCACCACCUCCUAAUCAGCCACCGCUUGGGGCAGCGCAACCACAGCCUCAGGCGGUGCCUCAACCUCUUCAGUACCACCCUCACCAGCCGCUUGCGUACUAUCCGCAACCUUCGUACAACGAUGUCCGAACCCUAUUCGUCGCUGGGCUUCCCGAAGACGUCAAGCAACGAGAAAUCUACAAUCUCUUUCGGGAGUUCCCAGGUUACGAAUCAUCUCACCUCCGAACCGCUACCUCUACUUCACAGCCAUUUGCUUUUGCUGUCUUCAUGGACCAACAGUCAGCAGUUGCAGCAUUGAAUGCACUGAAUGGCAUGGUGUUUGACCUUGAGAAGGGGUCGACCUUAUAUAUUGAUCUUGCAAAAUCUAAUUCCAGAUCUAAGCGCUCAAGAACAGAGGAUGAAAGACCUGGUUCAGACAAGAGAUUUAAAGGACCUGCUGCAUUUUCAUGGGGUGGUGCUGAUGCGGGUGUUGGCAGCGUUCACAUGCCUGGAAUGGGUAAUUCUGCUUUCAACAUGAUUGGUUAUCCACCUACACAAAGUCCUGGAAACUUUGAUGGUAGAGCUAUAAAUGAAACAACCCCUGCAAAAUCAAACACUGCAGCAGCUCAUAUUGCGCACAAUGCUACCCCAUGUCCGACACUAUUUGUUGCUAGUCUAGGGCCUACUUGUACAGAGGAAGAGCUAAUUCAAGUAUUUUCAAGAUAUCCUGGAUUCUUGAAACUGAAGAUGCAGAGUACAUAUGGAGCUCCUGUUGCAUUCGUUGACUUUCAGACAUGCUCCUACUGUAUGUGCAGGAUACUGCCUGUUCAACUGAAGCAAGAAACCAUCUUCAAGGAACUAUUCUCUACUCAUCACCACCUGGUGAGGGUAUGAGGCUGGAAUAUGCGAAAUCACGGAUGGGAAUGCGCAGUAAGAAAUCAAGGUAGAUUCAAGUACAAUAAGGAAUAGGAAAAACAUGGCCAACUGUCCUGUGUGGUCAUCGUUCAAGUAAAUGUGCAUUACAAAUGGAUUUGUAUGAAUAAAUAGGUUGAUUGAAUGCUUGCCACAACUGUAAUUUGGUAUUUAUUUUAGCUUUUCCCCAAAUCACAGUGCCUUGUUAAACAAACACUAUAUAGUUUUUCAACCUUCUCAUCGGAAGGCCAUGAUCCAUAUGAUAACUACUUUAUCCUA